AAGCCUGGCCUGCCUGGUCAUCCCCAGUCAGAUUUAGCUGCUGACAGCUGUUUGGGACUCUGCCGCCAGGCCCUGGCCCAACCUGCCACCUCUCGGCUCUCUCAGUGACUCCGGAGCCACAGUCCCUCCAUGGCCCAGAAAGAAGAAGCUGCUGCAGCAGCUGAGCCUGCCUCCCAGAAUGGAGAGGAUCUGGAGAACCUGGAGGAUCCUGAGAAGCUGAAGGAACUGAUUGAGCUGCCGCCCUUUGAGAUCGUCACAGGGGAGCGACUGCCUGUCAACUACUUUAAGUUUCAGUUCCGGAAUGUGGAGUACAGUUCUGGGAGGAACAAGACCUUUCUCUGCUACGUGGUCGAAGUGCAGAGCAAGGGAGGCCAAGUGCAGGCAUCCCGCGGGUACCUAGAGGAUGAGCAUGCCACUGCCCAUGCCGAGGAAGCCUUCUUCAACACCAUCCUGCCCACCUUCGACCCGGCCCUGCAGUACAAUGUCACUUGGUACGUGUCCUCCAGCCCCUGUGCAGCCUGCGCUGACCGCAUUAUCAAAACCCUGAGCAAGACCAAGAACCUGCGCCUGCUCAUUCUGGUGGGGCGACUCUUCAUGUGGGAGGAGCCCGAGAUCCAGACGGCCCUGAAGAAGCUGAAGGAGGCUGGCUGCAGGCUGCGCAUCAUGAAGCCCCAGGACUUCGAGUACAUCUGGCAGAAUUUUGUGGAGCAAGAAGAGGGCGAAUCCAAGACCUUUCAGCCCUGGGAGGACAUUCAGGAGAACUUCCUGUACUAUGAGGAGAAGCUGGCAGACAUCCUGAAGUAGGCUCAGCCUCAUGGUCUGCCUGCUGCCACCAAGAGACAUCAGUGAUGUGUACGGCCAACUGGGACAUGUCUGACUUCCUAAUACCACU